GGCGGACGGACGGCGACGACUGGACGCGGCGUCCUCUCAGGUGUCAGGUGGAGGUGGGCGGGCGAGCGAGGUGGCUUGCAGGCGGGGCUCCUCCGUUAAGACAGAGGGAAAUGCGGCCAAGUUGCUUUUUCCCCAGGAUGAAAAGAUUGACGAAGCGAUGAAAGUAGCCGGUGUUUGCCCUCUGGUUGCAUAGAGGCAGGUGAGGGGCCGGUGGUUGCCCCUGGUUACGGCCGGUUGGCGGGGGAGGGUCGUGUGGCCACUUACCUGGCGGAGAACUUGAAGCACCAGCAAGCGGAGAGGAGGCAUCAUUCUCUCUUGGAGUGGAAGAGAGGUAGUGUUUCAGAUCCGGUCGAUGAAGGGUGGGAGGACUUGCAGUGAGUUUGUGCCAGAGUUCAGGCGGUUUGCCUGCAGCGGGUGAGACGCACCUGGGACCAAGGGCGUCAUUGAUGGGAGGCUGCGUGGGGAGUCAACGCCGGCAGCAACAGCACCAACACCAUCGCUCAGGGAGACGGAGUGGCAAUGGGAGGAAAUCAGGUCGUAACGAGCCUCUAAAAAAGGAGAGACCAAAAUGGAAGAGCGAUUAUCCUAUGACUGAUGGCCAGCUGAGGAGUAAAAGGGACGAAUUCUGGGAUACAGCACCUGCAUUUGAGGGUCGUAAAGAAAUCUGGGAUGCUCUUAAGGCAGCUGCCUAUGCCAUCGAAUGCAAUGAUCUCGAGCUGGCUCAGGCUAUUGUAGACGGUGCCAGUAUCAUCUUGCCACAUGGUUCUUUGUCGGAAUGCUACGACGAGCUGGGCAACAGGUACCAGCUUCCCGUCUACUGUCUGGCGCCGCCCCUCAACCUCAUCACGGAGAAGUGCGACGAGGAGGCAGCCGACAUGCCCGACCCGCCGGCUCACGCCAAGCGCGAGUUCCUGCUCAAGGUCCGCCUGUCCACCGGCAAGGACGUCAAACUGAACGCCAGCAUGGCGGACACGAUCGGGCAGCUGAAGCGGCAGCUGCACGCGGAGGAGGCCAUCGAACCCUCCCGGCAGCGCUGGUUCUUCUCAGGGAGGCUGCUCACCGACAAGAUGCGGCUGCAGGAGACCAAAAUCCAGAAGGACUUUGUGGUACAGGUUAUAGUCAAUGAGGUAGCUGCUAUUUAAUUAUUAGAUAAAAAUAAAUCCAUAUGCAAGACAUGUGACUAUAUUACUUUGUGCAAGAAGACCUGAAGGGCUCUGACAUUGGUUGACCUGAGAAGCAACGUCAUGUUGGAGUGCACUGGAAGAAGUGCAGCGGCCAGCUUUGUUGGUCCUCGACAGUGGAGGCCAACAAGAGGGGACCAUGUUUCAUUAAUUGACCUUUUUACUCUGGCCAGCUGAUGAAUGCUUUUGACUGUAUAUGAAGGUAAUUCCUCUUGCUCCCCUGACCUAUUUUCCUCCCUCUUCACUGCCUUUGUUUCUCCCUACCCUUUCUUUCUCCCUGGCAUUACUCAGUUCCCUCUCCCAUAUCCUACUUAUUUUUUUCACCUCUGCUUCAAAAAAAAAAGUAUAAUCAUUUCUGGCCAACUUGACAUCCAUUUCACUGGUCCUUUUGUUGAGAGUGCACGCAGUGAAGAUCUUUGAAAGGCUGUUCUGUGGUGGCGUAUUGAGGCUUUAUAGAGAGGGUUCUACAAUUGUUUUGCGUUGGCUUACACUGUGCAGUGGUUAAUCACGUUUGUUUAUGCCACAGUCAUGCAAAGGCCAAGCUAAGCACCAAAAAAAAGUACUUGUGUUUUAUGCAUUAAUUACACCAAUCAAAGUUUCCAAUGGACUGUACUUCCAUUUUUUUUAAACGUACAAUACUUGUGCAAAUUGGGCAAGAUUUGUUAUUUUUUUAAAGUAUGUUGAAAUAAUGUAACCAAACUACCAUGGGCUAUUACUCUUUGGGUGGAGAAACGGGAGCAUUUGAUGAUCAUCUUGUUCUGAACAUCCAUGCUUCCCAUCUUCAGGUGCUUGCGUUGCACCUUCCAACCUUUCACAAAGCUUCCCUUUUCACUCUGCGUAAAAGUCUGCUGAUUCUCAGGGAAUUGUUGCCUCCUUGGGUAAGUUGCAGGUUAGACCCUUAAACUCCUACCUAUAAAAAGCUCAAAGGUGAGAAGCCUGUGAAUGAAUAAGAAAUUGAUUAUAGAAUUGCUUAUACCUCAUGAAUAGGUCUUCCCCAUGUAAUCCAUGGGCUGCCUGCAGUGUAUGGGACUGAUGCCUGGAGAGGGGGAAGGUCUGUUGUGUAUGAAACUGAUGGAUAGGAAGAGAUCUGAUGCGAAUGGGACUGAUGGAUGGGAAUGGGGAAGAUCUGUGGUGGGUGGGACUAAUCAAUGGGAAGGGGGAGAUGUGUGUAUGGAACUGAUGGAUAGGAAGAGAUCUGUUGUGUAUGGGUGUGAUAGAUUAAAGAUGGAUCUGUUGCGUAUGAGGCUGGAUGGGGGGAGACGUAUGUAUGGGACUGAUGAAUGGAAGGGGGAAGGUAUGUUGUGUGUGGGAUUGGAUAGAUGGGAUGGGGGAGAUGUGUUGCG